AUGGGAAUCGAAGACGAAGCUGACCGGACGCUAUUCAUUAGGAGUUUGGAUGCACGAGUAACGGAGGAGCUUUUAUUCGAGCUGUUCUUACAGGCAGGACCGCUCAUCAAAACCAAAAUUCCAACAGACGCCAAUGGCAAACGGAAAACGUUCGGUUUUGCCGUGUACAAACACGAGGAAUCGGUGCCGUAUGCCAUACAGCUCCUAAACGGGACGUCGCUGUUUGGUAAAGCAAUCCAUGUGCAAUUCCGUUCAGGCAGCACCCACAGCAACAGUCCAGGGAACUCGAAUCCUAGUAGACCUAAUCCCCAUGGGUUGAGGAUGCCGCCCCAGUUAGUGUCUUCCCAAUACACUCCUCCAGGUCUAAUGCAGACUUCAUCCCCUGAUACUCUGCAGAAGCAUGCCAUGAUGAACAUGAUGGGUCAGCAACAGAUGCAGCAUCUUCAGCAGUUGGCCAACGAAUUCUCAAAGACGGAGCAGAUGCAUCCCUCUUCAUGGUGCGCAGGCAGCUUCAGGCAGCGUGACAAUCAGCAACACAGCAGGAACAACUACCAUCAGCAAAAUGCCUGGAGGGGUGGCAGCCGUCGCCAUGAUGGCCGGGGUAGCAAUUGGCACUACGAUGACAGGAGCGGUAACCAUGGUUACCAAGAUAGUAGGUGGCAACGCUACUGA